AUGUCAGAUAUCACUAUAAAAGUGCCUCUUAUUCAAUCCGAUACAAAAAAGAAGCACUGCCAUCGACGAAAUAAGCAAUCAUUAACUAAGCUUUAUAUUACGUCUGGUAUAUGCUUUUUCUUUAUGAUUGUUGAAAUAAUAGGAGGGCUUUUAGCAAACUCACUUGCAAUUAUGACAGAUGCUGCUCAUAUGUUUUCAGACCUCUCAGGUUUUGCUAUUUCGAUAGCGUCACUUUAUAUCGCAGUAAGGCCAGCUUCUAUGAUAAUGUCUUAUGGUUAUCAUCGAGCCGAAAUUAUUGGAGCAGUCAUUAGUGUUGCCCUGAUAUGAGGGUUAACAAUUUGGCUUGUUUAUGAAGCAAUCGAAAGAAUCCAAAGUCCAGGAAUUGUUGAUGGAUGAAUUAUGAUGAUAACGGCACUUAUAGGAUUAUUAAGCAAUAUUGUUAUGGGGGUUAUCUUGCACUCUUCUCACAGCCAUUCAGAUAUAAGCACUGGGCAUGACCAUGCUCAUGAAGAAGAUGUCAAUAUAAAAGCGGCAACUUUACAUGUUUUAGGUGAUCUAAUUCAAAGUAUUGGAGUUAUUAUAGCUGCAGCCAUCAUUUUAUGAAAUCCUGACUGGAGUAUUGCAGAUCCUAUAUGCACUUUUGUGUUCUCUAUAUUAGUGACAUUUACGACUUUUCCAAUAAUCAAAAAGUGUAUAGGAAUACUUAUGGAAGGAAGCCCAAUAGAUAUUGAUGUUGAUGCAAUGUAUAUGGAACUGCUAAGCGUAUGAUUUAUAUAG